AUGUGGAUUCACAAGAGCAAGAAAGAUGCUUUAAGCAGUCCUGUUACCAACAACAUCCUGCAAUGUCAGUAUUUGCUGCUGCGCUUCUAUAAUGCAGAUACGGAACAUGUGUUUACUUACAACCCUACUGAAACAGUGCCAGGAUACAGGAGUGUAAUCUCCAAACCCAUGUGGCCGGGCAAAGUGAGGACCAAAAUGCAGAAGGACAAGACAGUGAAACAGUUUGUGCAUGACAUCCAACUCAUCUUUAAAAACUGCCAAACCUUUCACAAGGAGCUUUCAAUAAAGAUAGAAAAGAAGGAGGAUAUUCCGACAUUAGAUAAAACUCUUUCUGUUACCUGUGGAGAUAAAGAGGGCACACUCCAUGCAGACAAGCUUGCCAGAGGGGAGGAGUGUAUUCUGUGUCAGGACCACUGGUUUACUCUUAAUGACUUUGAGAGAUUUUCGGGAAGGGGAAAUAGCAAAAACUGGAAACGCACCAUCUGCUCUCAAAACACUCCUCUGGAGACAGUUUUACAGGAGGGACAUUUGCAGUGUCCACACACUUACCGAAGAUAUGGCAAGCAGAAAAAGGCAUUUUCUUCUAGAUGUGUGAAAAGCUCCAGUCCUGAGACAAAUGAAUCCAACGAAGACCGUGUAGAGUGGAUCGAAGAAGAGGAUAAUGAAAAAGAAGAAGACAAUGGAAGUGACAGUGAGCCAGUGGACUUAUCUACAUUUGACAACUUUGCUUUACCAGUCAGCUGUGGUUCUGUCAGUGGGAUUUUAUAUAAAAGCAGAUUUACACGUAGUAAGAGUAUCCGCACAGAGAGGCGCUGGUUCAAUCUUGAGGAGUUUGUAAAGCAGGGGGUAACUCUGACUGAUGGACACUGGAAGAAAGACAUACUGUGUCAUGGCAAAACCCUUAACUACCUGGUGAAGGUGAUAAAAAAAAUCCUACACAUACAUUCAUGGCUUUGUCUCUGUGAUCUUUGCUUUCCUGAAAAGCAAUGGGAACAGGAUAAUGAUGAUGUGUGCUACAUUUGUAGCACUUUGGGAAAGCUGGUGUGCUGUGACGGGUGUCCACAAGCUUUUCACCAUCACUGCCACUUACCCACUCUACAGGAGGACACACUGAAGGAUAAAUGGCUGUGCACAUUCUGUAUGUUAAAGGCCAACCAUAAAUUGUGGACUCGAAUGAGCCUGAAUUCUGCAUUGCAAUGUCCUGUUUCUGGAAACAUUAUGGUAUCUAUUGACAAACACAUACACAGAGGCACACAUGUGGCAGAAGACAGCAGGGUAAUCUCUAACCCAAUGUGGCUAAACCGAGUGAAAUCCAAACUGCAGAAUAAGGAGUAUCAAACCAUACAACAGUUUGUGUGUGAUGUCCUUCUCAUCUUCGAGAACUGCAAAAAGUUUAACAAGGUGUGA